AUGCAAGUGCCGGUUCUCGGCUGCACUUUCCUGACGCUGUCAGAUCGUGAGGAAAGUACUGCCGAGAACCGGCAGUUGUCAGAGCGGGGAUCGGCACCGAUCAUCAGGGCACUGAUGAUCAGUGCCCUGAUGAUCGGUGCCCAGCAGUGCCACCCGCAAUUUCUGCCCACCUGUGCCCAGCAAUCACCCACCUGUGCCCAGCAGUGCACCCACCUGUGCCCAGCAGUGCACCCACCUGUGCCACUCUGCAGUGUCACACACCUGUGCCCAGAAGUGCCACCUACCUGUGCCCAGCAGUGCCACCCACCUGUGCCCACCCACCUGUGCCCACCAGUG